AUGAGAAAAAAUAAUAAAGUUUAACCUGCCAACUAAGUAUAGGUGGUUGCAUAGGGUACCAUAAGUCCAGAGAUCUCAUAGAAGGCUCUCACAACAAUACCAGAUCAAUAAGGGAAUUAGAAAUAAUUAGAUCCUCGACUUAUUGCUGGACCUUUGGCAGAAAGAGGUUGUACUGAUAUACUUUGCUUACUACUUUUUAUUGCUGGGAUGGCUAUAUUGAUAUUCAUCUCCAAAGAGGCUUAUUCAAAGGGAGAACCAAAACGACUUCUUGCAAUGUACGAUCCAAAUGGUGUGCCUUGUGGAUUCGACACAAAUGUGGAUUACCCUUAUUUGUAUUUUGCAAUACCUUUUGGAGAUUACUUUAAUAGAACAGUGUGUGUGAAAGAAUGUCCUUUGUAUGCAGAUGAAACUAGCAAGCCAACAUCUCUGGAUUGUCAACCAAACAAUUUGGUUAAGAGUUGUGACUAGAAAUGCGAUGCUGCUAGUGCACUCAAGACUUUGGCAACGUCUAAUAGCACUGCUAUAUUCAAAGAUUUCGUCUGUAUCUUUAAUUCAUCAAUCUUAUUUGAUCGAGUUUGUUAUCCAGAUGCCUUGUUGGCACUAUUUGAUAAUUACCAAGAGUAUGGAUCCUAAUUUGCCAUGGAUGUUCUUACCGGUUACAUCGAAGAUUUAACAUAAACAAAGGAGGCUAUUUAUUGCUCAUUUGCAGUGGCAUUCUUAAUGGGAAUAAUAUAUUUGUAUUUCACAAGAUUGCUAGCUGGAGUACUGGUUUGGACAUCCAUAUUUCUCUUUUUAGUAGGAUUGGGAUUUGGAACCUAUUGGUGUCAUCAACAAGAUCUCUAUUACUAAGAUAUUAUGAAUGACACAACUGGCAAGUACACAGUUGAACAAACCAAUAAAGCCACAGAUAAUUAAUUAACAUUCCAAUAUUUGACAUAUGUUAUGUAUGCUAUCUGUGCCUUUGCUGUUAUGGGAUUGAUCUGCAUUUUCAAUAAGAUAAGAUUGGCUAUAGCUGUUAUUAAGACUGCAGCCAUGUGUGUCAAGGAUCAUUUCCUACUAAUCUUUGUUCCUUAAAUUACAGCUAUAGUAUUGGCAGGCCUCUGGUUUUGGUGGAUCUACACUGCAGCAUACGUGUAUGCAGUUGGAGAUAUUAAAGGAACAGGCAGCAGUCCAUUUGCUGAAGUCACACAUACUGAAUUGCAAAUAUAAUAUAUUUGGUAUUUCAUAUUUGGUGGAUUAUGGAUAAAUGCAUUCAUUUAGGCCAUUAAUAACUUUGUGAUAGCCUCUACUUGUUGUUUUUGGUACUUUGCACAACAAGGUGCUGGAGGUGAUGAAAGAGCCAUUUCAUAAUCUCUCUAUAGAGUCUUCAGAUAUCAUGCAGGUUCCUUAGCAUUUGGUUCUUUGAUCUUGGCUAUUGUAUAACUCAUCAGAAUCAUGUUGGAAUAUAUUAGAUAUCAAACUGAGAAAGUGGCUGGUUCUGAAAAUAAAGCAGUCAAAUGUUUAUUAAGAUGUUUGAGUUGCUGCAUGGCAUGUUUUGAAAGGUUCAUUAGAUUUUUGAAUAAUAAUGCCUACAUUAUGAUUGCUCUAACUGGUAAAAACUUUUGUUCUGCUGCUAAAGCUGCCUUUGAAACUAUAUGGGCUAAUAGUAUGAGAUUUUCUUUAGUUAAUGGUAUUGGAGGGGCAUUCAUUUUUGUUGGUAAAUUCUGCAUCUCAAUUGUCACUUUAAUGAUCUUUUAUUAUGUAAUUACAACUAUGGAUUACUUUAAAGAAAAGAUUUUCUCUCCAGUUUUCCCCUGCAUUGUUGUUUUCAUCAUUGCUUAUGCAUUAGCUGUGCUUUUCAUGUCAAUAUAUGGGAUGGCAUGUGAUGCAGUGCUAUUAUGUUUUAUUUUUGAUGAAGAUUUAAAUAAAUAAAAUGGUGGCCAAAGUGCUUCCAGAUGUCCUGAAACUUUAAAGGAAUUUCUUGAACAACCAGAGAUGGCAAAUCUAAAAUAAGCAUGA